UUUCUUUUUCUGUUUCUUUUCUUUCUUCACUAAAUUCUAGAUUACUUUCCCCAAAUUUUCCACCUGAUGAUAGCAUCCUCCGAAAUUCAUGAAGUUUUUGGCUUAAAUUUUCCAUCUUGUCUGCAGAAUUGGGUCUGAUUGGUUGCAGAGAAGAUCAAAAUUUGCGCUCUUGAAGCCCCAACAAAUUGCAGAAAUGGUAGGUAUUGAAGCCGAAGAAAAAGUGGAGCAGAGCCAACAAACGAGAAAACGACGCCGUCUCACCUGGGACGUAGCUCCUUCGGCAGAACAACCUGAGGCUGAAGAGGGAGAAAAUGGGCGGAAGCGUUGGGCGUUGGUUCGCCACGUGUCUCCACCGAGGAGAGAUGAUGAUCCAGAGGGGCAUUAUGUGUUUAGUAUUGGGGAGAAUUUGACUCCAAGAUAUAAAAUACUCAGCAGGAUGGGUGAAGGCACAUUUGGCCGGGUUUUGGAAUGUUGGGAUCGUGAAGCACGAAAUUAUGUGGCUAUAAAAGUAGUUCGCAGCAUACACAAAUACCGUGAAGCAGCAAAGAUUGAAGUUAAUGUACUUCAGUGUCUUGCUAAGAAUGAUAGAGGCAACUCACAUUGCGUGCAGAUUCGAAAUUGGUUUGAUUAUCGGAAUCAUAUAUGUAUUGUGUUUGAGAAGCUUGGACCAAGUUUAUAUGAUUUUCUAAAGAGAACUAAAUACUGCGCACUUCCUGUGGAUCUGGUUCGGGAAUUUGCACGCCAGCUUUUGGAAUCUGUAGCAUAUAUGCAUGAUUUACGGCUAAUUCACACUGACCUGAAGCCAGAAAAUAUACUUCUUGUGUCUUCUGAUUUUAUAAAGAUCCCUGGCUGCAAGACAAUUUCAGAUGAAACUAAUGUCAGGUUCUUGCCAAAGUCAAGUGCUAUUAAGCUGAUUGAUUUUGGUAGCACAGCAUCUGAUAAUCAGAACCAUAGCUACAUUGUCUCCACGAGGCACUAUAGAGCACCUGAGGUUAUUUUAGGUCUUGGAUGGAGUUUCCCUUGCGAUAUGUGGAGCAUUGGCUGCAUACUUGUUGAACUUUGUUUGGGUGAAGCAUUGUUCCAGACACAUGAGAACUUGGAGCACUUGGCAAUGAUGGAGAGGGUAUUAGGCCCUCUUCCAGAGCAUAUGACUAGAAGAGCAAACCGAGGUGCAGAGAAAUAUUUCAAGCGAUCACGGCUAAACUGGCCAGAAGGAGCAGUUUCAAGGGAAAGUAUCCGAGCUGUUAAAAAACUGGAUCGCCUAAAGAAUCUCAUAUCACGGCAUGUCGAAUUCUCCAAAUCCUCGUUUGUUGAUUUGUUGCAUGCAUUGUUGAAGUUUGAUCCAUCUGAGCGUCUCAGUGCUCGACAAGCUCUUGAUCAUCCAUUCUUUAAGGACCCAACUUAAACGGCAGGGAACUGGGUAAAGAACAAAACUUCACCAUGUUAAUGUUUGUGGGCAAUUUUGGAAGGUUAAAGGCGUGGGCUUGCCAAUUGCCUGCAUUGCUGUUCUGUUGUAUAUCUUGAGCUUAAUCGACUGCUCAGUGCUCAUUGGCAUUGCUAUUUCUUGGGCUAAUCUAUCGAGGGCCCAAUUUCCCACUUUCGCCGAAAAAAAGCGUGAGAAGAGUGUAGAAACCUGCCUGCUGGGUUUAGUUUUAGAGUUGCCUAGUUCAGUCAUCUUCUUGUGAAGAUUUUCACGUAAAUGCUAGUAUAUAGGUAGUUGGAAUCUGCAGUAAUAAUCAUCAAAGAUCUUGUGCUUCUCAUGAUGGGAAGGCUUGACAACCAGAACAUCUGCAACCUUGGGAUCACGAUGCUUCUCUUUCGAGCUUGUUAAAUUCCUUAAAUGUGGAGGAUCAAACUGUACAUUUACAUCCUAUGUGUGGUGUUUGUGAUACACAAGUUUGUACAUGUGGUGGAGCCUGGGUACCAUAUGGGGUUUCUGUUCUUUUCGUGGAAAUUUGGUUCGAACGAAGAUGGAAAGGAAGCAAAUAAAGAAGAUCCAGUUGGUGAAAUAGUCAAUUUAAUGGUUACUAUAUGUCAAAACUAGUAAAAUUAUUCUCUUCCAACAUCUUAUA